UGCUGCUGCUGCUGCCGCUCCGUGCCCCGCUGGCCGCGCCGGGCGCAGGCAGAGCCGCCAGCCUCGGGGAGAUGCUGCGGGAGGUGGAGGCGCUGAUGGAGGACACCCAGCACAAGCUCCGCAAUGCCGUGCAGGAGAUGGAAGCUGAGGAGGAAGGGGCAAAAAAGCUGUCAGAAGUCAGAUUUGAAGAUUUACCUCCCAAUUACCAUAAUGAGUCCAGCACAGAAACCAGAGUGGGCAACAGAACUGUUCAGACCCAUCAGGAAAUUGAUAAGGUCACAGAUAACAAAACUGGAUCAACAGUUUUUUCUGAGACAGUUAUUACAUCCAUAAGAGAUGGAGAAAACAAAAGGAACCAUGAGUGCAUCAUUGACGAGGACUGUGAGCCAGGGAAGUUCUGCCUCUUCUCCCCCUCGGAGUACCGAUGUCAGCUCUGCAAGCCCCAGCACACGCGCUGCUCUCGGGACGCCGAGUGCUGCGGGGAGCAGCUGUGCCAGUGGGGCCACUGCAGCAGCACCGCGAGCAGGGGAGAGAACGGCACCAUCUGCGAGAGACAGCAGGACUGCAGCCCUGGCACCUGCUGUGCCUUCCACACAGAGCUGCUGUUCCCCGUGUGCACGCCCCUGCCUGAGGAGGGGGAGCCCUGCCUCGACCCUUCAGACCGACUCCUGAACCUCAUCAGCUGGGAGCUGGAGCCCGACGGGGUCCGGGAGCGCUGUCCGUGCGCAGGGGGCCUGAGCUGCCAGCCCCGGAGCCACAGCACUGCCUCCGUGUGUCAGCCGCCUGCCAAUGGAACCCAGCACGCUGAGAGAGAAGAGCCCUCGCUGAUGGAGGAGAUGCCCUUUCUCAGCCUGAUGCCCCAAGAUCUCCUCUCUGAUUACGAGGACAGCAGUGUCAUUCAGGAAGUGCGAAGAGAAUUAGAAAGCCUGGAGGACCAAGCGGGUUGGAAGCCUGAGCCUGACUCAGCUCAGGAGCUGGUUUUGGGAGAUGAAAUCUAAAGCCCAAGCACCAGUCUAGUUAGUUAUUUCUAGAUUUUUUUCUGUUUAGUGUCUUGCUUGUUUGAACCCUGAUCACACACUGCUGGAUAGAAGUGCAAUAAACAAGGCCUGCAAGGAGCAUCCUUCUCUCUGUCCCAGCUGCUGUGGAGUCCAUGCAGUGCCUGGACCAAAGCUCCUGCCACAGGGGAACCCCACGAGUGCCCUGCUGGAUUUGUACUUUCCCCCUGUAUGUCAGAAAUAAACUUCUCAGUACUUGUACUCAUUAAAAAAUGCACACAGGCAUAAAUCAUUUUCAAUUA